AUAACGUAUCUGUGACGUCACCGAUCCCAGGUGUGGCACGGGGAAACAGGUAGGUUGCUGAUCGCGCGCGGGUUGCAGACUUCGCCGUGUUUCCGUGAACUCACCUGGAGUGGAGCUGAAACAAAGGCAUCACGUAUCAAGGAUCGUCUGCAAUGAGGACGGAAGCUUCUUGCAGGAAGAAGCAAAGAAAGGUCUAUAAUUAUCUCCAAGUGGCUUUGCUUCUUCUUCAGUGAGACGGACGGGCUGACGGAGAAGUGACUCCGCUGCUAUCAUGGAGGAACGGUGUUGAACACGCUAUUGUUUAAACUCUAGUAAUGCAUGUCAACUUAUUCACUCUUCAACGAACAUUUAGUUUUUUUUAAUUAGUUUGGUCGAAUCUAUAUUUUUUCGUUCGGGACCGCUUGGAGCCAUCUGCACUCUUCCUGUUGACAUUGUCGGGCUGGAGCAGGGAUGGAGGCCAUCGACCUCGAGCAGCAGGAGCCGCUCCCGGUGGACCGAGACGGGCGGCGGCUCGGGAGUGCAGCCGACUGGCCCGAUGGUGACAGACAGAUGGGAUGUUGCGAGAAGUUCCAGCGGUCUGUCUCCAAAUGGAUGCUUCCAGAAGACUCCCGGAGCAAGUACCUUGAACGGGCCAACUGCUGCCCGCCCCCCAUCUUCAUCAUCCUCAUCAGUAUUGCAGAGCUGGCAGUGUUCAUCUACUACGCUGUGUGGAAGCCUCAGAAACAGUGGGUGACCCUGGAUGAAGGCAUCUGGAAAAGCCCCCUAACAUACAAGCCUGGAGAGAGGGAGGAAGCAUGGCGCUUUAUCUCCUACAUGUUUGUCCACGCCGGUAUCGAGCACAUCGUGGGAAACCUGUUGAUGCAGCUGCUGCUGGGCAUCCCGCUGGAACUGGUCCACAAAGGAUUUGAAGUGGGAAUGGUUUAUAUGGCAGGCGUCCUGGCAGGCUCGUUGGCCAGCUCCAUCUUUGAUCCUUUCAGUGCUUUGGUGGGAGCUUCUGGGGGUGUUUAUGCCCUCAUAGGAGGCUAUUUUAUGAACGCAGUGGUGAAUUUCCGAGAGAUGAUUCCUCUUCUCGGAGUAUUUCGUAUCCUCGCAAUAGUGAUAUUUGUUGGCACCGAUUUUGGAUUUGCCUUCUACAGAAGAUUUAUCUCAGACGAGGCUGGUUUGAAGGUGUCUUUUGUGGCUCAUUGAGGGAUCGCAGCCGGGAUGACCAGCGGCUACGUCUUCUUCAGUGCCUACAAGAGGCUAAUGAAAGACCCACGUUUCUGGCUGUGUAUAGGUGUAUACGUGUUGUUUGUGGUCUUUGCUGUGGUCUUCAACAUCUUCCUGAGCCCGGCAUCAUAGGACCAUUUUUAAAUGUUAAGCUGUAUUUUACUGAUCUACUGAAGGGUUCAGUGAAAAGUUGCUUUUCAGUGACUUUUGUCAAAGUGCACAGGGUAUUUUUUAUUUACUAUCCGAUUGUCUUAUUUUGGAGCUGAAUUUGUGAGUUCAAGGAGAAGGGUGCCUCCUGCUGUUCAUGUGUAACAUUGCAGAAGGCAUAUUUUCUAUCUUUAGACGAUGUGGCGCAAAACGUGCCUUAAAUUAGCGAGUCAUUUAAAUCUGAAUUAAAUGAGCAUUUUAAUGUUAUUCAUGUUUUAAUGUAUGUGAGUUUCUAGACCUCUUUGACCUUCAUCAGGGAAUUAAAGAACACAAUGGUCCCGAUUUCAUGUCAUUUUUCUUUCAUAGAAUCUUUUUUUUUUCUCAAACUGUUAACUGAAUUACAAUUUUCUGUUGUAUAUUUUCUGUUGAAUCAUCAAGGAUUCUCUCUUUUGGACUUUCAGUCUUCAUGAAAUGUGUUUCUCAGGAAGUCUCGAGCCGUGGCUUAAUGCCACGUUAUUGUUUCAGCCACUUCCUGUUGACAUGACGUGACCUCAUUUUGUAAACCUGUUGAUUUAUUUUCCCGUCAUGCUGAUUGUUUUUAAACCUUGGAAGUACAACACUUUGUCUUGUUUUACUGCAGUCUACUUUAUUGGAAUAACACAGUGGUUGAUGUCGGGCGAUACCCCAACUUCACUUUAGGGAAACAUUCUUUGUUCAGUCUUGGUACAUUUUUUCUGUUUCAUAAGUUUAAAAAUGAAAACUCUAAUAUUACUGGUCUACUACUGGUGUGAGAAGGGCAUCGGGUGCAGUUUGUAAUUCAGAAAUAGAGCUCAUGUUGGAAAAUGUACCUUAUGUAAAAUCACAGGUAAACUAGGACCAAAGACCAAACUAGGUUUUACAUUUCCACAGCUUAAU